UGUGCCACUUUCAGGUCUCCUCACACACUGCUGGUGUGUUCAAUUUUUUGUCAUAGGGUGCUGGCAGAUUACGGGCCUCCUAUAGCUGCUGCCAGGCCCCUAAUCUGCCAUGGGCCCCUAUACCGCCUCCUCAUGCUGCUGCCAGGUCCAGAGUCUCUCAUGGGUCCCUGUACGGCCUCCCAUUGCUGCUGUCUCCAUCGCCACACUCUGCCAUGUGCCACUUUCAGGUCUCCUCACACUCCUGCUGGUUUCCAUUUUGUCAUAGGUUGCUGUAUGGCCUCCCAUUGCUGCUGCCUCUCCACCGCCACACUGUGGCUCCCAAACACUGGUUUUGGCCCCGUGACUGGCCAAAUGAGUGAAGUGUGCGGUGAUUCUAAGAUCGACGGCACUCAUCUGCAUGUCAUACUGAGUGACAGUAUUAUUUCUCUUCCCCAGCAGACUCCAAGGGCAUUUAAAUUAAAGGUACAGUGUUCUGCACUAAUAUUA